CUGACUGCAGAACCAAGGACAACAAAAUAUACAUAUCGUCAACACACACCUGAAUCUUGCUUCAUCAUGUCUUUCUUCCGCCUUUCUACAAGGGCUCUACCAGCCAAUCUGCUCCCCCGCCAGCACGUCGCCCGCCGCACCAUUGCAACAGCAAGCAAGAAGGAAUGGCUCUGCAUUAUUCCUGAUACACCAGAGGGUCCCGAAUUGAGAAAGAAAGUUCGAGCGACUCACAUGGAAGGAGUCGGCCCCCUCGUCCAGGCGGGAAAGCUAGUCGCAGGUGGUGCGAUGCUGGCCACUCAUCCCGAGGAAGGCAAAGAUCUGUCAUUCAAGGGCAGUAUGCUUGUGUAUAUGGCUGAAAACUUGGAGGAAGUGCACCAGCUUAUUAACGGCGAUAUCUACGCUAAGAGCGGCGUUUGGGAUUUGGGAAAGGCGCUUGUUGUCCCGUAUUUGUCCGCCGUGAGGGAGCCUUUGAAGAAGGAUUAGGAAUGAUUAUUUAUUCUGUGUCUCUCAGAGAUUAGUGGUGCUAUUUUUCCUCGAUGUUUUAGAGAGCGGCCAUCGUUGAGCACAUAUAAUUUCUUAG